AUGGCUCCUCGUCCCAAUCUCACUGGUUUCGACCCCCAAAACGAGGCCUGGAGAUACACCGGUCCCUUCUCGCGCUGGAACAGAUUCAAGGGCUCCUUCCCCGGUCUCGGUAUCGCCACUGUCGCCUUCGCCGGCUACCUCGCCUACGAAGCCGUCUUCCUCAGCGACGACCACCACGGCCACGGAGACGCUGCCCACGCCAAGGACCACCACGGCAUUGCCGCUUGA